UAACGUUUUUUCUUGUUUUUAUCUACAAACUUUUCAUUCAUAACUUGCUUGAGCGAAGUAAGUUGUAAAUUCUCUUUCAGUUGGUGAAUAAUACGAGAGGUCAUUGGACAGAUUUUUUCAUAAGAUGAAUGUCCAAAUAUUGAAUCAUACUUGUAGUAAACGAGCCUAAAAUGCAAAAAAUAUUGUUUCUAUCAGCUAAGUUUCACAUACGCUUAUGUAUUCUGAACAUGUCUUUUCUUCCCAUAAAAGCAAACGCAAAUACGAAGUACUCUUUUCCCUCUUACAAACACAUACAAUCACGCUUGGGUGGACUAGUAUUUUAAUACAAGGUGCUAAUUUAAGGCCUUCAAGUAUUUAGUACAAAACGAUUAAAUAUUCGUUGCACAGAAAAUAAAGAAAAAAUAAAAGUUCGCCAAGUCGCCAACAAAUUGACUUACUUGAAGAAUUGUAUUUAAAUGCGAGCAUUGAGCGAAUUUUUUAUCAGUUAAAUUUUGCUCUACAACAGUAAAACAACUACCAAAAAUCAAAAUGUUCAAAUACUUCGUUUUCGUUUUCGUUGCCCUCUUCGCUUUCGCCGCUGCUGAGCCUAAGCCCGCUGUCGUAGCAGCGCCAUUCGCCUACUCAGCUCCUCUGGUCUCCUCUCCCUACACCGCUGCCUAUGCUGCCCCAUAUGCCGCUUACGCUGCCGCUCCCUAUGCCGCCUACGCUUCACCCUACGCCGCCUACUCCGCUUACCCAUACAGCGGCGCCUAUGUGCUCCGCAAGUAAACGGAAUGUAGCGAUUGACCUGUGACAACACCGAAUUGGAUUUGAUUGGCAAUGAAUUAAAAACACAAGAAAGAAUGAAAAAUUUUCCAAACAAGCAAAAAUAAAACACUUAUAUUAAAAACGAAA